AGGCCUGUCCUAGUCACGAAAAACUCAGCGAGUCGCCUCGCUCCUCCCGUUCCUCUGUAAUCACAAAGUUGUGAACAAAUCCCUGCUCCACCGCCAUUGAAGAAGAUAAACAGCAGAGCUCUAAACCCAGAGAGCGUUGGGUAUGCGGUACUGGGUUUGGUGGAAAUAUCCUGAAUUUCUGAGCUCUACCCUAUAAAUCAAACCCUCAAAUCACAGAGGGAGAGCGUUUGGAAGGGUAUUGGGAUUGGUUGAAGUCGGUGGAAGAUGGGGAAGAACGAGAAGGCGGAGCUAGGAAGGGCACUGGUGAGGCACCACAACCAGAUGAUCCAGCAGUCCAAGGACAAGAACUUUUCAUACAGAAACCAGCAGAAGAAGGUCCUCGAAUCCGUCACCGACGUCAGCGACAUCGACGCCGUCAUUCAGCAGGCCGAGGAAGCCGAACGGCUCUUCUCUUUCGAUCACCCCACUCCCAAUGUCCUCAUCAAUUUGGAUACAAGCUCUAGUACUAGUGACUUGACACCUGAAGAAAGGAGAGAGCAGCAAAAGAAAGAGGAGGCAUUGCAUGCUAGCAGCCUUCGUGUUCCACGCAGGCCACCAUGGAGUGUAGAAAUGUCUGUGGAAGAGCUUGAUGUCAAUGAACGGCAAGCCUUUCUGAUUUGGCGUCGAAGUCUUGCAAGACUUGAGGAGAAUGAGACGCUUGUUCUUACCCCUUUUGAAAAGAACUUGGAUAUCUGGAGACAGCUUUGGCGUGUGGUUGAACGUAGCGAUCUGCUUGUAAUGGUUGUUGAUGCACGCGAUCCCCUGUUCUAUCGCUGCCCCGAUCUUGAGGUAUAUGCAAGAGAGAUUGAUGAACACAAAAGGACACUGCUUCUCAUUAACAAGGCGGAUCUUUUACCAUUUUCUGUCAGGGAGAGAUGGGCAAAGUACUUUCGCAUCAAUGAGAUUCUGUUUGUAUUCUGGUCUGCUAAAGCUGCUUCUGCACUUUUGGAAGGAAAAAAGAUUAGUGCUUUGUGGCAGAUGGAAAGUAGCCAGCAUGAGGUGGAUGAUGUUGAUACAAGAAUAUAUGGCAGGGAUGAGCUUUUAGCCCGUCUACAGUCUGAGGCUGAGGAAAUAGCCAUGAUGAGGAGGAACUCUGGCUCUAGUAGUUCGGGCUUAUCUCAUGCAAAUGUUUCAGGAGAUACGGUAUCUAAACAUGUGGUUGUAGGAUUUGUGGGAUACCCAAAUGUGGGCAAGAGCUCCACUAUCAAUGCUUUGGUAGGUGAGAAACGAACAGGUGUCACGUCUACUCCGGGGAAGACAAAGCAUUUCCAAACAUUGAUAAUAAGUGAUGAGCUGACAUUAUGCGACUGCCCUGGUUUAGUGUUCCCGUCCUUUUCAAGCUCAAGACAUGAGAUGAUUGCUUGUGGGGUUUUGCCAAUUGAUCGGAUGACUGAGCACAGGGAAGCUGUACAGGUUGUGGCCAAUAAAGUCCCAAGAAAUGUCAUUGAGGGUGUCUACAAGAUAUCAUUGCCGAAACCCAAGCCAUAUGAGUCACAAUCUAGGCCCCCCCCUUCAUCAGAGCUUUUGAGGGCUUAUUGUGCCUCUCGUGGGUAUGUUGCUUCAAGUGGACUGCCUGAUGAAACUAGAGCUGCUCGCCAAAUUUUGAAGGAUUAUAUUGAUGGAAAGCUGCCACACUUUGAACUGCCUCCUGAAACCUCAGCAGUGAAAGGUGGGUUGGAAGAUAUGGCAGGACCCAACUUGUCUGAAAUGCAUGAUGAUCCAUCAGAUACUGAAAAUUGUGAAGGUGAAGGAACGUCCAGCUUUGAAGAUGUGCUGAAUGACCUGAAUUCAUUUGACAUGGCUAAUGGACUAGCUUCCAGGACAGUUGCCAUCAAGAAAAAGCAACCAAAAGAAUCUCAUAAACAACACAAAAAGCCUCAGAGGAAGAAGGAUCGCUCAUGGAGGGUCGGUAAUGAUGACGGUGAUGGAAUGCCGGUUGUAAGAGUGUUCCAAAAACCAGUAAACACUGGUCCUGCAAAGACUGGAUGAGGCUGCAGGCAUACAAGUUACUCUCUCCGGCUAAAUCAUGCUUCAUCAGCAAACGUAUAAUGGCUACAGUGGUACUAGUUAGAGAAUAUUUGUAAUGGCAUAUAGAAGUAACUUAUUUGGCCUUUUAGUUUAUAUCAAAUUAGUUUUCCUUGUUAAGAAAAAGUUGAUUAUUUGAGUUGUAAGUUAUACAAGCCAUUUUCAUAAGUCAUCACAAAUGAUGAUGGCUGCAAGUUGUUAAGUUAAUGGAUGCUGGUGUGGGAACCCUCCUUUCUAUACACCAGACAGGAGAGGAGAGCAAAAGCAUGAGACGCAUUAUCUAUAUGGCUUUUUUUAGCACUCGUGCAGUUUGAGUGUGAUUGUGCUUGAAAAGAGAUCACUUGCAUUUGUGCUA